GGUUUGUGUGUACAAUACUCAAGCAGCACACUUGGUAUCGCGCGCGCUACUCUCUACGGGCACGCAAAUCUAUUGAGUUUUAUGUAUGGCUCUCGGUCUGUUAUUCGUAUUCGGUUCGAUGUUUUCACUAUUCUCCGUGUGUUUUUUUUCUCUUCUCUGCUGUUGUUGUACCACAGUGUAUGAUACAUACACUCGGUGUGUCUGCCUUAGUUUUCUCCCAACAGUUGCGUGAUUACGACUCAUAUCCUACGGAUGAUGAUGAUCUAGAAUGUGAAUAAGCGUCGCGACGUCGAAAAUUCAAUUGAAUGACACAAUUUGUCACUUCAUUCAUUUUUCAAUUAUCGGGAUUUUUGGAUGCAAAGAGAAUAAAAAUCGGAAUAUUCCGAAAAAUAUAACGGAAUUCGUGUUUAUAGUGUUGUGAUUGUGUACUGAAGAAGAAUAAUAAGAAGAUUCUAUAUUUGAGCAUUGCAUUUGCCGGUUCUGCGUGAACCAUCAACUUGGUUUCUCUCAUGUGAAACUUGAAAAAUUGUGUAUAUUUUUGUUGUCAUUUGGACGUGUUUAUAUUUUUGUGGAUUAGUUUAAUUGGAAUUGAUUUUUUGACUGAAAAUCAACGUAAACUUCGACAAUUGUGACUUGUAAUUGUGUUGUCAAAUUGGUGUUUUUCUCUGUCUACUCGGUUUCAAACGUCAACAAUUCUGUAGCGGCGACAUUUACAUGGGAUUACAACUUGGAAUAAAACCUGUUGGGCCUAUUGAGAUUGGAUAUUUAAUAGCAACGUGGGUGGUUGAACGAAUUCAAGAACUCUCACUCAACGAACAACUAGAUAGCCAACGAAUCGAAUUUCAUCACAACCAGAAACAAAGGUAAGUGUGAUCAUUGGUCGUAUUUCAUGUCUACAUUCGGUGGAAAAGCGUCCAUUAAUAUGAGUAUUUCUCACGAAUCGUCGUUUGAGAGGCGAUCAAGAUUGAUAUUUUAUUGGAUAAUUGGCGGGCGAAAUAAAUUCGAGAGGAAAGAAACAUCAAACAGUAAUUUGUUUGUGGCAACACACACACGACACACACCAAAUAAAAUCCAAUUCAUGUCAAAAGAACAUAGAAAAAUGUUGAAUUUAUGUAAAACGAAAGGUGCACCGCAUUUGCUUGCAUACAGGAAGUGAUUUGUCUUCGUGACAAUUUUUCUCUUCUCUCUCUCUCUCUCUCUCUCUCUCUCUCUCACUCAAAUAAUCACAUGUUGUGAUUUGGCUUAAUGCAUUUAUGUCCAUGUUAAGCGAAUCGAGCGCGACUAUUUCGGAGCGUUUGACAUUUUUUUCGGCUCAUUAAAUCGAUUUAAUAAAAUUGACAGGUUGCCGCAUAUAACAUUUAACCGAUGUAAAUAAAUGAAAUGUCUUCGCACUCAAAAUGGUCAGCCACUUACGGCUGAUAUUAAUUACGACAAUUUUGUGCGUGUCGAUUUUGGCAUAUUAAAAAUUAUUAUCGAGUAACGUAUUAUUAAUUUAUUUCCAUUUCUCGAACGUAGAGUGCGUGAGGCAUGAGCAUGUAAUCAUGUGAAACAUGUAGGCGAGAGACGAGACGAAUAAUGCGCGUUUGCGCAAGCCAUCAACAAUAUGCAUAAGUUCAUUUGAUUUUAUUGUUCGAAAUGCGCGCGAAAUGAUACAACCGUCGUUCAAUGACGAUGUUGUGAAAUCGGCAGAGCCGACGGCCCUAAAUCGAAUUGCGGCCGAUUUUAUCAGAAAAAAUUGUAACAGAAUCGCUGCCGACAUUAUUAUUCGUUACGCUGCACAGCAGCAGCUGCUUGCUGCUGCGACGAAUAAAUUGUGAUCUUCAUCAUUCGAAAUUUUUACAUGGAAAAACAAAAUGUUUAAAUCGUUGUUUUUUCUCUCUCGUUCGAUUGCAUCAAUCGGUCUUCUCAACAUUGCCCGAACACACGGUUCCAUUUUCCAUGACGACCAUUUUCGUACGGUGUAAUCUGCCACACAUGUAAUCGUGUUAACAUUAUGUAAAAACACGCAAACGAUUGUGUCAACGAUAGCAUACCGAAUAAGUAACCGGAGGAUCAGUUUCAUCUUCACUUCGCUCGUUCGGAUUGUUUUUUUUUUCGGCUUCUGAUUUGUUUAUUUUGGAAAAUCACCGAGAUUUUACGAGCGAUUAAUUACCGAUUUUGAUCGAAUAUAAAAUAAAAGCGGGUUAUAAUUUGUUUACGACUCAUGGAAAGUUACACAAAGGAAAAGGCAGAAUCGGCCUUUUGGCAAGCUGCUGCACUUCAAAUCGGUGCAACUGACUGUUUUUGAAGAAACAAUCCUAAUAGAAUACACACUCACAAAUUCUUUAGAAGAAAAAAAUCUGCAAAAAAUGCCAUUUUGUCUCCGGUGUCUGGCGGAGAAGAAGAAGAUAAUCGAAAAAUCUAAAUUGCGUGUAAAAAACCAGUCUCGAGCAAGAAAAGAAAUACGCAUUUUCUUGGUAUCGUCGUUUAAUGAAAUUAACGGCCGCAUAAAUGAUAUGCACAGUAUGUAUUACAACAACGUAUCGGCAUGUUGAGCCGUUGCCGCUAUCAAAAUCGCCAAAUCGGCUAAAUUGAAUCGCCUCCAAAUGUAAUGGCACACCGCAGCGCGUGUGCGCGCGCCUACCAUAUUUAUUCGCUCACAUGUGUUUAAUCGACAGAGCAUUAGCCAUCAAGUCAAAUAUUUUCUCUACCGACAUAAAACAUGGAAACACACCGAAUAACAACUUUCUAUUAAAUGAUAAUAUUAGCGAAUGCCUUUGAAUUGGUGGGCCACCACAUGCCAUUCGACGUUCGAAGACGCAACAGCGACAACAACGAUGAAUUUUUCAGAUUCUUUUUCCUCUCCGGUUUCGUCAAAAUCCAAUGGAAUUGCGCUACACAGAGCGAACAUCACGACCUACGGCAAAGUCGCAUACCAAACCACAUUAACUCUCCGCAAGUAUCGUGUGUUUAUCAUUGCACCGAUGAGAGAGCACCUGUGUGUCUUGGCGCGGUGAAAACAUAAACAAACCAAAGCCGCAAACUGAGACAGUAUCUCCGCUAUUCUCUCGCUCUCUUGAGAGAGACACUCUUGUCCAGUGUGUUUGCGUUUCGCGGAGAUUAAGCCGUAACAGUCGUCAUCAUCAUCAUCAUCAUCAUCGUCGUCGUCGUUGCCAGCAACUUGCCUCUACUCACUGCCACACAUCAGCUGCUGUAACGCGCUGAACACCUUUACGCGCAUUCCGUUGUUUUUCUCUCACACUCGCCUGCAACCGACGACGACGACGAUCAAACUUCAAGCAUGCAAGCGCACGUCGACCUGAACAUUACGGUGUUCUCUUUUGUAAAGCAUUCGUUCGCGGUCCGUUCGAUCGUAAUGUUGUGUUUUUUUACCAAUGCUACACUCUUUCAUUCAGUUUUUUUCUCUUCUUCUCCUCAUUCGAUUUAUUGAUCGAAAAUAAGUCAAUCGAAAGUUCAUACGUGUAAAAGAGAGAAUUUAAAGGAAAAAAAACAGUUCGACAAACCGCUUUUAUAGCAUUCUACCGGAGAGGAGAGAACAAAAAAAGUGGAAUAAUAAAAACAUUUCAGCGUAUAAAUGGGUUUAUGUUGUGCCGAUAAAUGUUUGUGAGAUGAUUUUUUAUAACUUGUAGAGAAAAUUACGGCGAAGCAUUUAAUUGAUACGCCAAUGUAUUUGGCGUUGUGCAAAUGUGUUUUGUGCUGUUUCACUCAGACAAUUUUGUGCCCCGAUGAACAACCUUAUCGACACUUAGUGCACACCAAUUAUAUGCGGGCUACUGAAACCAGAUUUAAACCAAUAACAUUCAAAGUAACUAAAAACUAUAUAUCGCGUUAUUAGUGGGACAGAGAAAACUCCAUUUGAGCUCCACUUCGAUCGAGAUGGACAGAAAAAAACAUGCAAAAUUAAUGGGUACCUUAUUUACAAAAAAAAGUGUCUAGAAAAAAAAGAGUAGAAACUAGUAGCUAACAUAUUAACACAGAAAUUAUGUGCAGAGGACCACAGCCAAAUUAAAAUCGUUCUGUUUCAAACGCCGAUUAAUCUGUUUAUUAAGAGACAUAAGCUGUGGGAAAAGUGAAUGCGAGUUUUAAUGAGCAUUAAUACGUUCGAAGAUUUUUCUAUUUCAUCUCAAACACAUUUCACCUUUCUUCGCGUGAUCGUAGUGUGUAAAAUGCCGAAAAAGCAGAUAGCAUACAAAUUAAUCAAGGUGCUGUGUUGCUAUUUUUGAGACUGUGAGACUGUGAGAUGGCAACUUGAGACUGUUUUUGCGCAUUCUUUUUUCGGGCUUUGAGCAGUUGAUUAUUGAUGGUUUUGCACCGAUUAAGGUCAUUGAAAUUCCGUGCAGAUAAAGUUUUAGUGACUUGAAACAAAAUGACGGUGAUGACAUUUCAGAAUCUAGUGCGAUAAAAUCGAAACGUGUUUGUUUUAUAUGCAUCAACAACAAAGUCGUCGCAACGUUAACCAAACAAAGAAUCGCGAUGGAAUAUUGAUCGAUGAACCAUUCGAUAGUAUCCUCCAUCAAGGAUUUUAAUCAGUGAUCUUGACCACACCUCAUUCGUUAAUUUGAUGCCGAUAACAUUUUAAAACAAUACAACAACGACAAUACCAAUCAAUGGGACUGUGAGAAAAUGAACAUUGAGAAAUCGCCGUCAAAAGCGCAAGGAAACAAACAAAAACAAACAAAACUUCUCAUAAAUAGUCAAUAUCAACAUGAUGAUGAUGGCAAUGUUGUUAUAACAUAAUAAACGACGACCCAGAACGGAUAUCAAUUUCCGUGCAAUUCAUUACAAAAGCCAAGCGUCAAAUGUCGAAACCCGCAUUUUUGAAAGAAAUAACAAACCAUUUAAAGAGUGAUUGUACGCCGCACGCCGUUUAACAACAAUAGAUAUUGAAACGAUCGGCCACAAAACAAAGCCGCAUGUAAUGGUUGAAUGUCAGUAGAAAAACGGCUAAGAAAACUCUUUUUACUUCGGUUUUGGAAAAGAACCAAGACCUUAACGAAAAACUAAACGAGAAGAACGAGGCGGCAGAGUACAUACAGAAGAAAAAAAAACCAUAAAGAACCAAAAUCGAUAGAUUCGAAACACAAUAGAGGAGAGGCCAAGUGCAACGAACGAACAAGAUGUGUACAAAAAAUCAGAUAAACAUUUUAAUGGAGAAAUUGAACGUGGGUCUCCCAAGUUGCCCCGUCAGUUUAGAAGCACUCCGAUCACAUUUACCGUAUUUGGGCUAUUGCUUAAGCUUCUCGGACGAAAAAUCGGACGCGCAACGCACUGAUGACGACAAUAACACCAACAACAACAAUAUAAUCAAUGGUGAUUUAUAUGGCAAUCAAAAGGAUCAAUUUGCACCAAAUUUAACGCCAUUACAUCGUUUCUACCGAGAACAACAGCAACGUAAAAAGAUGCCUGGUUUUAGAGGUCGUCGCGGCCUGUGCGGCUGCCUUCAGGAUGAUGAACCGCCGGAGAUUGCUGUGGUUGGUGCAUUCACAUUGCAAACAUUAACACCAACCCAACCGAUGCCAUCAAUCGAAGAGCUCGAUGCAAAAUUUGCCGAACUCGUCGAAGAAUUGGAUUUGACCGCUCCAAACAAGGCGGCUAUGCUUAGUUUGCCACCGCAGAAAAAGUGGCAAAUUUACUGUUCACGAAAGAGUCCCAUCGACAGCACGGACGGCACCGAAGUGUCACGAACCUCACCGCCCACCCCAGAGCACUAUAUCGAACGAUUGAAAGAUAUUGCAAAGCAAUUUCAAUCACGCCCAGACGAAUCACCGUGCCACGAAUACAAUUUCAAAAUUGAAUCACAUACGGCAUUUCUGGAUGCACUAAAAACCGCAUUGCGCACAUCGGCCCAUAGUUUUGUGCUACGUUUCGUCGAAUUGAACGGUUUGUCCGCACUGUUGGACAUUUUGCGUGUGCUUGACAUUCGAGUUGCAAACAGUCCGAUGCAUAGCAGUUUGAUCCAAUGCUUAAAGGCAUUGAUGAAUAAUUCGACUGGCCGUGCACAUGUGCUCGCCCAUCCGACAUCGAUCAACAUCAUCGCACAAUCGUUAGCAGCUGACAAUAUUAAAACGAAAAUUGCCGCACUUGAAAUAUUGGGUGCUGUGUGCUUGGUGCCCGGCGGCCACAAGAAAGUCUUAAUGGCAAUGCUCCACUUUCAACAGUAUGCAGCCGAAAGGACACGAUUUCAAAGCAUCAUUAACGACUUAGAUCGAUCGACCGGCGCCUAUCGUGACGAUGUUAAUCUCAAAACAGCAAUCAUGUCAUUUAUCAACGCCGUUUUGAAUUAUGGACCAGGACAAGAGAAUUUAGAAUUCCGCUUGCAUUUGCGUUAUGAAUUUUUAAUGUUGGGCCUACAGCCGGUUAUCGAUAAACUGCGACAGCAUGAAAAUGAAACUCUCGAUCGGCAUUUGGAUUUCUUCGAAAUGGUACGAAAUGAGGAUGAAAAAGAGCUUGCACGUAAAUUCAGCAACGAACAUGUCGAUACGAAAAGUGCAACGGCAAUGUUCGAUUUGUUGCGUCGCAAAUUGAGUCAUUCACCAGCUUAUGGGCAUUUGUUGUCGCUGCUUCAACACAUGCUUUUGCUUCCAUUCACCGGAUCCAAUACACAGCACUGGUUAAUAUUCGAUCGUGUGGUGCAACAAAUCAUUUUACAAAAUAACGAACGACCCACAAGUGAUAUCAUCGAUCCAGACAAUGAGAAAACGGGCGAUAAUGUGUCGAUUGAAAAGAAAAUCCAAGAUCCCGAUCACAGUGUCAUCGAAAUCGAUGUGAAAAAAAUAGUUCAAUUGCUAGUCAAAGAGGAAGAAUUGGUGGCGGCUCGCACCAAAGCCGACGAAAUGGAAAAAGAGAAUUUCGAUAUGCAAUCAAAAUUGGCCAAAAAAGAGCAAGAGCUUGACUUGCGCAUGCAAGAAAAAGAAGAUCUAGAGACUAGUCUGGCGCGGAUGCGUGAACGUUUGGAAAAGGAGAGUGCGAACCAUUCACAAACCGUACAACGGGCAUUAAAUGCCGAAAUGAAAAUCGAAGAUUUACAACAUAAAUUCGCACAAGAACAACACGAACGCAUGCGAUUGGAGCGAUUGGUGACUGAAGGCAACAUACCGGACGAUCAAAAGAUUUCCGGCCUAAUUGGCACCACAAAUGGUUUGGCCACACCAGCAACACCCUCACCAAAAUCAUCGAUCGCCAGCUCUGUUCCGCCACCACCACCUCCACCAUUGGUCAUGCCACCACCACCCCCACCGGUGCCAAAAGCUCCAGCCAUGCCAGCUCCAGCUUUAACACGUACUGAAUCAAUAAAAAAGAAUGUGCCACAACCGAGCAAUCCACUGAAGAGCUUCAACUGGUCAAAACUGCCGGAUGCAAAGGUUCAAGGUACUAUUUGGAGCGAAUUGGACGAUUCCAAAUUGUACACAAACAUCGAACUCGAGAACAUUGACAAACUGUUCUGUGCUUACCAAAAGAAUGGAGUACCAAAUGAUGGUUCAGUCGAGGAUUUACGUUUGAUGGGCAAAGGACGUGCCAAAAUCUUGUCGGUUAUUGAUGGACGUCGUGCACAAAACUGCACAAUUCUAUUGAGCAAAUUGAAAAUGUCAGACGAAGAAAUCUCGAAAGCGAUUUUGUCAAUGGAUACAAAUGAACAGUUGCCAAUUGAUAUGGUUGAACAACUGUUGAAAUUCACACCAUCGGCUGAGGAGCGCGCAUUACUGGAUGAACACUCGGAAGAUAUUGAUUCAUUGGCGCGUGCCGAUCGAUUCCUUUACGAAAUCUCAAAAAUCACUCAUUACGAACAACGAUUGCGCAGUCUUCAUUACAAAAAGCGUUUCAUGAUUGCAGUAAAUGAUUUGAAGCCCCGAAUCCAAAGUGUAAUGGAAGCGAGCCGUGAAGUGGCACGUUCAAGACGUUUGCGUCGAUUGCUCGAAGUGGUGUUGGCCCUUGGAAACUACAUGAACCGUGGAGCUCGUGGAAAUGCGUCUGGCUUCCGAUUGGCUUCGCUCAAUCGAUUGGCCGACACAAAAUCGAGUUCAGCCAAGGGAACCACAUUGCUUCAUUAUUUGGUGGACCAAGUGGAAAGGAAAUUCAAAGAUUUGCUAAAAUUAGACGAGGAUAUUCCACACGUCCGUCAGGCAGCUAAGGUGUCGCUAGCUGAAAUGGACAAAGACAUUUCACUGCUACGAAAUGGUUUGGUCGAUGUGGGCCGUGAGAUUGAGUUCAAUCGCAGUGCAGGAACACCGCCGUCAGGCGAUCGUUUUUUGCCAGUUAUGCGUGAAUUCCAUGCACAGGCAUCGGUUCGUUUCGCUGAAUUGGAGGAUAUGUUCCAAGAUAUGAAAACGCGCUUCGAUCGCGCCGUGCGCUUGUUCGGUGAAGACGGUUCAGUCAUUCAACCCGAUGAAUUCUUCGGCAUUUUCGACUCAUUCUUGACAUCAUUCAUGGAAGCGCGUCAUGAUAACGAAAACUUCCGUAAGCGUCAAGAAGAGGAAGAGAAACGAGCUAAACAAGAGGCUGAGCUCAAGAAACGUACCAUCGAACGCAAAAACAAGGCAGGUCUGCUGAGUUCUGUGGCAAAGAAUUUAGGAUUGAAAAAAGGCGAUUCAAAAGCAGCUACCGACAACAAGGGUGAAUUCGAUGAUCUGAUAUCGGCACUGCGUACGGGCGAUGUGUUUGGCGAAGAUAUGGCGAAAUUUAAACGAUCGCGCAAAACACGGAUGGGCAAUUCCAAAGAUGCCAGCGGCAGCAAUACAUCACCACCACGUCAUUCGUCAUCACAUCGGGAUAGUCGUGAAGAGAGCCGAGAACGUAUCGUGAACAAUAUUAAACACAAUUAAAACUCCGAUGCUCGGCAUUUUAAGCACUACUCCCAGCAAUUGAGAAGUAUCCAAACUCGACCAAGUUACCAAGCCAAAAGAUAAUGUGCAGUAGAAAUGUCCGUCUGCAAUAAUCGCAUUAAACAAAUUGAUAAAUGAACGAAGGAAAACAUUGUUACGGAAUUUAAACGCAUUGCAUAUUACACGUAAUUUUCAUAGAUAUUAAAACGAGUAAAUGCACCAAUGCAGAAAUGACUGAAUCUUAUUGUAGAUUUCGAACGAAACGCUAUUGAAUCGUAGUCCAUUUAAAAAAAGAAAAAUUAAUCAAAAUUUGUGGGCGACAAACAAAAAUGUGAGAAACAAAUGUGUUAGACAAGAAAAAAGAAGCGUCUUCAUUUUGAAUAUAUUGUAUGAUUGAAUUAUUAUAUAUUGUAAUUGUAAAUUCGAAUUAAUUCUCAUUUGCAUGGCCACUUUAGGUUGAUUAGAAGUCAGUUUAGUCGUUUAGUUUAACAUAAUAUAUAUUGAUGUAGUAGUAAAAUUUAGGUUUCUUUUCUUUUUCUUUCAUUGUCAUGUUCAUGCACUGCGAUGUAAUCAAUCUUCAAACGAACCGACUUGUUUCCGAGAAAAAUGGAUUUGUCCAUCAAAUUGGUUUUUCUUUACUUUGUAUAUAUUGAACUAAAUAGUUUCUUUUUUUUCGCUAUCGAUGAUAUCAGCAAAAUAAAUCUGAUCUAAAUUUAAUAAAAAAAAAUUACUUUCGUUCGACUAA